AUAGGGGGUGAGAGUAUGGCUUGCAGAAAGAAGAAGGUGGUACUGACUGCUAGGGAAUAUUGUUUUAAGAUGUGUUACUUUUGUUUAUGCUGCAUUUGUUUAACUCUGUGAAGCUGUGUUACUGUGCCUGUCUAAAACACCUGGUGGUCCUAAUAAAUAGCUGAACGGCCAGUAUCGAGGAAGGAGCAAGGAUAGGUGGGGCUGGCAGGCAGAGAGUAUAAAUCGAAGGAGGAAUGAACAAAAGAAGAACAUCAAGAGAACAAGGAGGUCUUUUUCCUCUUCCGGGGAUGGUGCUUAGAGGCACUCAGAAUGGUCCAGCAUUUGACAUACCGACAUAGACUUUCCUACAAUACAGCCUCUAACAAAACUAGGCUGUCCCAAACUCCUGGCAACAGGAUUGUUUACCUUUAUACCAAGAAGGUUGGGAAAGCACCGAAAUCCGAAUGUGGUGUGUGCCCAGGCAGACUUCAAGGAGUUCGUGCUGUCAGACCGAAAGUUCUUAUGAGACUGUCUAAGACAAAGAAGCAUGUCAGCAGGGCCUACGGUGGCUCCAUGUGUGCCAAGUGUGUCCAUGACAGAAUCAAGCAGGCUCUCCUUAUUGAAGAGCAGAAAAUUGUUGUGAAAGUGUUAAAGGCAUAAGCGCAGAGUCAGAAAUCGAAAUAAAUCUGUAGCUUUUUAAAAUAAAGGUGAAGGCUUGGUCUGUGGAAAAAUAAAGAACAAGGAGAAGAGGACAUCAGGGGAUAGCCAUCCAGCCAUGGAGUAAGAAGGAAAGUAAGAUAUAUGAAAGUAAGAAAGAUAAAAGCCCAGAGGGAAAAGAUAGAUGGGUUAAUUUCAAGAAAAGCUGGCUAGAAAUAAGCCAAUCUAAGGCGGGGCAUUGAUAAGUUAUAAUCCACGUGUGAUUUAUCUGGGAGCUGGGUGGCAGGUCCCCUGAAAAGGACAAAAAGCCAAAAGAGUAAAGAAUUAAAAACAUAGCAAUAUAGGACAGCUACUGCUGAUGACAAAAAGCUUCAGAGUUCUCUAAAGAAACUGACUGGGAACAAUACAGCUGGAUAUUUAAGAGGUGAACAUGGUUAAAGAUGAUGGAUGAGCUCUUUAUUUCAACAGUCCCAAACUCCAAUCUUCCCUCUUCGAUAACAUCUUUGCAGUUACUGGUUGUGCAAAAGCCAAACCAAUCACAGAAAUGCUUCCUGGAAUAUUAAGUCAGCUUGGUGCUGAUAGCUUAACAAGCCUUAGAAAGUUAGCUGAACAGUUCCCACGACAAGUAUUGGAUAG